UACACACGUGUUUGUUUCUAACCUCAAAAACGAUCGUUAAGUUCUGAUGCGACACACUUGCAAGAUUGUAAUAAAUAUAAUAAAGAUAUUUUGCAGAAAUUAACUUGAUUGAAUUUGAUUUUCGGCAAUGGCGAUGCAAGUUCCGACUGAUGUGGAUGCUGAUCAAAUUAAAUCUUUUCGAGAUUUCUUGACUUCGUACAACAAACUCUCAGAAAUUUGUUUUAUUGACUGCAUAACAGACUUCACAACGCGAGAAGUUAAAGCCAAGGAGGAGAAAUGUGCCCUUAACUGUAUGGAAAAGUACCUGAAAAUGAAUCAAAGAGUAUCUCAACGUUUUCAAGAAUUUCAAAUGACUGCUAAUGAAAAUGCUAUAGCAGCUGCUAAAAAACAAGGUCAAGUGAUUAAUUAGCACUAGAUAAUUGUAAAUAAAUUUUAGGAUCUUUUUGUCACAAUAUUGUAAUAAGAUUACAGCAGAUACUAUUUGUAAGUUUCUUGCAAUAUUCUUACAAUAAAAUAAUUCAGUUUAAUAUUCUAUAUAAUAAACCAAUCUAUCAAAUG